GGGUGGAGCGGGGAAGUGAGAGCGGGGCACCGGCCUCUCCCCACCGGGAGCGCUGCCAGGGGACGCGGCGGCCGCGGGGGAAGGGCUCCCUCGCAGGGCGUCCCGACACCCGCUCGGCGGCUCCCCCGGGGGAGGCUGGGGUGGGCCCGGGCGGCGCCGACAGCCAACCCCCGCGGCUGAGGGAAGACGAAGCCUUCUCCUCCCUUCUCCUCCCGCCCCCGAUGCGUGUGUGCGCGGACGGCGCCCGUCAGUCCCCGAGCCGCCCCCGGCCCGCGCCCGCCUCCAUCAGCACCGGCGGCGGCGGCCGCAGCAACAACCUGCCCUCGCCAUGUUGGAAGGAAGCGACGUCAGGGCCGCAGCCGGAGCGGGAGGAAGCGGCGGCCGUGUCCCGGGAGGCAGGGCGGGCGGAGGGAAGCGGGAGGGCGGGGGGCAGUCGCCUUCUGCCCGCCCCGCGGCCGCGCUACAGGUGGAGCGGAGCCGCGGGAGGCACCGAGCAGGGACGCACGGAGAUGGCCGCUGCCACCUGGGAGCUGGACGAGGAGGAGGGGCAGGGCUUCCCUUCCGGGCCACCAGCGCUAGGAGGUGGAGGAGGAGACGGAGGCGGAGGAAGGCUCUCCCGGGAUGCGCCACCUGCUCCUAAAGGGCGGGCUUCGCCGGGGCUGGGGCAAGGGAUCUCCCUGGGAGAGGAGCUGCCCUUCUUCCACGGUCGCCCUCCCUGAUGAGAAACGCCCGAGGCUCCAGCUCACGGGGAGCGAGCGGAGAGCAGCCCCCGGCACCCAGGAGAAAGGACGGGAGAAGCGCACUGGGGCGUGGAAGGUGUCCGGGCUCCCCGGGGCAGUUCAUCAGUCCCUCCCCGCCUGGUCCUGUAGCGCCUGCAGGUUAGCGUGGUGCCCUUCCUUUAUCUCCUGCAUCCUCUAACUAAAGCGCUGCCGUCCCGCGUUUCUUCCCACUGCACGUGCUCUAGGAGUAUAGAGCACUGAAAAAAGUAAUAAAAAGCUCAGGUCGACCGUGCCUAGCUGACAGGUGAAAGUUGAGGCCUGCCACCCCAGAGAAUGAAUAGAGAAAAACAGAAAGUGAAAGGCAGCAUUGGUAAGCUAUAACUCUAACACCUCUUUGUUCUUUAGUAUCCUGCAUUACCAUGCCCCAGCAUAAAGUACAAGGGUGCCUGGUUUUUUUAUCCAACAUGUUAAGAAUGGUUAGAUUUAUUAGGAUAUCUCAGAAAUCUGAAGUAAAGUUUUUGGCUGUAGGAUCACUGCCAGUUUUUGUCAAUAUGCUGAACUAUACUGACUGUGCUGUUAAAGGUUUGGAUCUUUUUUAUGGUGGUGUAUGUAAUUGUCAGGGAACACCUAAUGUGAAGUACAGUGCGAGUUCGUGAUUUAAGUGUGUGAGCCUUGAUAUAGUAUAUUCUUUUGUAUAACAAAUUUGCAGAAUUUAAGGAUUAUUUAUUGAUUGUUCCUUUUAAAAAUAGGUAUAUAUUAGGCAAAUAGACUGACCCUGGCUGUGUUAAAAUAAUUUCCCACACUGAAUGGCAAGUAAAAUGAUACAUAUCCAAUAGUUUUCACAUUCCUUGCAGCCUUGACUUCUGUACUCCAGUGAAUCUGAGCAUGAAGUGUGAUUUAAAUAGAUACACAUUGUUGAGAUUUGGGGAAGCCUAAGAAAGGCUUCCUUAGAAACAUUCCUGCAUAAAUAUAAUCUCCUGGGUUGCAGUGCUGCUUUUUGCUUGGAAUUUAUUAUGUCUUUAGUUUCAUACUGUAUAUUGGUUGUGUUGCAAUUUUAUCCUAUUCAGCUAUGGUAUCAAUCUGUUCUUGAAAAGCUGUUUACUUAUGAAAGUGCAUUGAAAUGCAGGAGAAUUGAGAAUAAUCAUUGCUGCAUGGCAUUAUGGGUAUUUAAAGAAAAAUGGAAGAAGAAAUGCACUUCUACUUUGAAGUGGGAUCAAUAUUUUGAUGAAUUCUAUUGCAAGCAAGACUUUCCAUAGAGGAAGCUAAUCUUAACCCUCUUUCAGUUUCUAGUGCCUUAUAGGAGCUCCAUGAUUCUUUUAAUACUUAUGCAUGUUCUCUUGUGGAAAUGCCCCUUGAAUAUAAUGCAGACAACUUCUGCUACUUCUGUACGGAAUCCACUGCUCUGGUGCUUCACACAGCAGCUUCCAGUCUGACUUGGCUGUGUUAGGCUUUAUCCACAUGUACAGCUGGAGAGGUAAAGGGCAAACUUGCACGGAGGGGGAAACAUUGGUAUUGCCAAGUAAGGUAGUAAGCAAUACUAGAGAGAUACCUUUUGCCUCUUUCUAAUAUCCACAGACACCCAAAAUUAGUAUGUCACAAGAUCACUGAAUAUUAAUCAACACUGUCCUCAUAGGUGUACUCCAAAGGCAGGUAAUUUUUUAGGUAAAAGAAGCUUCAUUAUGGCCUUUGACACCAUCAGAUGAACAAAGAAGUGAUUGUCUUCAUUUUAGUGUCUUCUUCUGUGCUUGUUACUUUUAGAAAUAAUCCUGGCAGUAUCUGUUUACUUUACUUAUUCAGGAUGAAGUUAUUUUUAUCCUCCUCACAGAGUGUCAUUCAAUCUAAAAUGAUUAAUCUUUUCUUGUUUGCCAAAUUUUUUCUAGGUUCUUCUACCUGUUUGGUGACUGAUAGCUGUUCAUUCUCCCAGUGUGUCAUCUGACCCAGCAGCUCUGGAUUUUUCAAAUAUCAGCAUUAUUGAACAUUAUUUUAUUUCAUCUUUCCCAAGAAUUGCUGCUUCAGUGAUUUUAUUCCUGGUUAAAAAAAAAAUGCCUUUUUAUACUAGUAAAUUUCUGCUGCUCUUAGGGCAUAGUCUUGCUACUUAAUUCGGACCUUUCCUCUAUUCUGUGUUAUAAAUUUCUCUCCUUUGCCAUUAUUUUUAGUCCUGAUACCAAAUGAAAAUAGAAAACAUACUCCCAAUGUCCCACCUUUCCGCUGUGCAUUCAGAAUUAGGCCAUGAAGAUGAUACAUACUGUACUUGGUUUCGUUUUGGAUAAAACUUUCCAUUAAUCAUUUGUCUUUUGGGAUUAUUUUUUCCCUCAUGUGCAUACAAACUGUUAGUUUUCAACAGAAUGGAAAUUGCUGAAUCCAAAAGGGAAUUUUAAGGAAGCACCUUUUUGUGUGACCUUCAACAGACUCCUAAAUGAGAGAGAGUUAUUCUUGUGCAUAUUUAGGCUUUAGCACCGAUGGGUUGUUUAUGAUUUUCAUAAAGGCAAAAGAAAAACAAGACAGAGAUCCCUUCAAUUUCAGACAACCCUGUUUCUGAUGGGCUGGGUGCCAGUGGAUCUGCAGCCAGGCACAGCAGCAAAGGAGCCCUUCCCUGGUGCUGUGCAGAGGAGCGUGAAAUGAAUGGGGACCUUCCUGUCUCUGUUAAAACUCUGACACAGACUAAUGUUUUUUUGAAAAGUGCAGUCCUGACUGUGAAAAUGUGAUGUUCCUACUCUCAGCUCCAGAGGAGAGUGUUGUAGAAAAGCUUCCCAACAUUCAUUAGCCAGUCUGCAUCAAAACUGCUGUCUGAGGAAUAUCUUGGUCUUCAGACAUGUUUGCAGCAAGGUCUCUGCUGAGGCCUCUGCUGAAGGUUGCACUUAUUGUCUGUGGUGUUGGGAAGUGUGUAUUUGACAGGUAGUGGGCUGCAUCCAUUGGCUCUCUAAACAGCCUUCACAUGACAGCAACUUCAUGUUAUUUCUACCUCAGCUUCUCUCAAGAGAUUUAAUUUCUCAAAAAAUAAACCUCAUUAAAAUAGCUACAAAAACUUCAAAGGAAAAGUUUGAAUGUGUGUAAGAUAAAGGGUUUUUUGGUCUCAAGUUACUAUUUUAAAAAUGUAAUCCUGAAAAUGGUUAAUGUGUAGAAGAAUCGUUCAUGGGCUGAAGCAGUUUCAAAAAUCCUGGGGGCAGUUAGUAUGGGCCUGUAGGCUCUCCAGUGUUCUCCUUAACACUCCCAGACUUUCCAGGCACAAUCUCAGCACCCCUUUGUUCACUUUGGGCAAUGGUAUGGGACCUUCUUCAUUACACACAAGGUAACAAAAGCUUUCUGGUUCUGGGGUGCAAUGUUCAUUUGGAGUAGGGGCAUAACACCCUCUGACAGCCUCUGCCCUAAUGUUCAUGAUAGCAAAAGCUGACCUCUGAGCUCUGUGGGGUGCAGCACACAGCGUGUGCCAUGAGGGGAGCUUGUAGAUGGUGUGUUUGUCAGCAGUUGAGGCAGGUAACCCACAGAGACGCACUGCAGAAGUGAAAACUUCCUGUGUUGCAGCAGUGAGAUAGUGUGAAAUGGCUUUUAGGGAACUGGCCACAUGAGCUGAACUUAUGUGUGCUUCCAGCAGGCAGAGGAGAGAUGCUGAACACAUGCUACCUGCCAUCAGCAGCCCUCUGGUUGCCAAGAAUUGCAGCUAUACCAUUACAUAAACCAUCACACAGUACACACUGUGCAGCCAGACAAAGUGUUUGUGUGUGAAUGGCUCUGCGUAGGUGUGUGGGGAAGUUCACACAUGUUAACAGGUUCAUGUUUUAAAUUUAGUACCAAAAAUUAGGGUGUUUUUUAGCUUGAAGUCAUCACCAGCAGACAGUAUUUAUUUUUUUUUUAAUGGAGAGAUAAAAAUGGAGGUGCAUGUAGCAUGAUAGAGCAAAUUUGUCCUGUUAGAGAAGACUCAAGUACAGAUUCUGUGCUAUAAAGGCCAAAAAGCAACUCUGUUCUCCUACAACACUCUUAGGCAUGUCACUAUUUUAACCCUUAGAAAACUGGCUGGCUCACAAUAAAAUAACAAUAGAUCUUCCCAAACCAUCUCUGUGAAUGUGAUAAUCUAAUUCAAACAACGUAAAGCAAUUAGUCUGUAAAAAACUUAAAAUAGACAAAGCUACUUUUUUUUUUUUUUAAGUAGCUAUUUUUAGCUCAUUAGGCACAGAAAAAUCCUUUACACUCAGCUUUUUGACUGCACUCCAUCAAUUCAGCCCAAUCAACAGAUUUUCUCAAUCUAGAAACAAAGCAAAAUGAAACAGGGGGAAAUUAAAUAGUGAGUAGAUCAGUCAUCUCUGCUCAGCUUUUGAGGCUGCUAUAAAUGGUUUUUUUCAGUUAUGACAUGCUAAAAACAAUAAGCCACCUGAAAACUAUGGCUGUGAUUUUAACAGCUGCAUUAUUUUCAAGAAAAUUGAAAAUCCUGUUUUUAAAAUACAACUUUAUCUGACUCUUUUGUAUGUAUUUUCAGCCUAACUUGCUAUUCUGCUCAGAAUUGGGGAAAAAUAUUUCAUUAAUUGGUUAAAAAAGAGACACUCCUCCCAUUAUUGAUCCGUCCUGGUAUGCAGAGGAAUAGCCUGGCACAUUAUAGUCAGCAAAAAAGACUAAAACACCUGCUCCCAGUCAUACCACAAUAUUUAUUUCAGAAGCCAUUAGAUAUUAUUUUAUAUAAAAUAUAUGCUCAUACAGGCCUGGGGGUAGUUUAAAAUAUUUCAUUGUUAUGGCUAUUCUGCCACAUGUCUUUUUCAAAAAGGCCAAGCAGCGCUAAAGUGACUGGACUUUCAGAGCAGGCAGGACUGAUGAAAUAUAUUACCCCACAUUUUUAUGGCAAUGGAUGGAUUUUCCUUGUCACAGGCAUGGCUGCAGAUAGUGGCAGAUUUUUUUAAUUAACAUUUGAAUCUAUUAUUUAUGAGUGCAUUCCCUGAUGUCUGAAUCCGAGGGCAAACCCUGCUGUGCUUGAUGUGGUCUCUCACAAGAGGGCUUGAAAGGACCUCCACCUUACGAGUGGAGAGACCUGAGACUUUCUGCAUGACUGACUGCUCCUGCCUGUCAGGCAAGGACAAGCAUUUAGGGACUAAAGAUUUCCCUGUUCUCAAUGUCCUUGCCCCAAACAUCAUUUUCUAAGGAGAAUCGUGUUAGCUCACUGCUAGUUCCCAAACUUGCAGAUGUUAACAGAAGACCUUGUUGUUAAGGCAGGCCCUUUUGACACCAGGAGCAGCCUGAGGCUGAAUUUCUGACAAGCUGCUCAACCAGCACAUCAUGCUUAGGGUGACAGGCACGUUCAGCCAAGAAAAGUGAAAACCACUCUGGAGUUGUUCCACUUCCUCCAAGAAAGAUCCACCAACAACAUCAGUUGGUGCUGCUGACAGGGCUGGAAAAUCUAUCGAUGCAGUCACUCAGAAGGCAGCUCUUUUUUAUCCUGAAUAAUUAUGAGAGUCAGGCAUACAUUAAGCACAUGGCAAAUAAUCUACAUUUUCUUUGGACAGAAGACUUUUAAAUUUCCAACAAAUUUACAAAUUAUUUUGUGUUGUGAGCAUUUAAAAAGUGUUUUCAGGUAGCAUACCUAAUGCCACAGUGUUUAUUUUUAAAAAGUCAUUCUGUAAUUUUUUAAAAUUUCUGUUCUCAUUGGGUUUUCUACAGCAGAGCAAUAGUUGUAUCUCUGUGCAUCUGAGAUAUUCUGGUGUUUUACCAUCACUGAAGAACUGCUUGAAGAUGGUAAUAUGUGGCUUUUAGGCACAGAAUUCAAAAACACAAAUGCAUGUGUGACACUGAAUGUGACUUAUACAAAACAGUGAGCUAUGGAAAUGAUGCAGUAGUUUUGCACAACCAAAGGAAAGGUCAAAGUGCUUACAAAAAAAAAAACUUAUUACCCUACCCAUGCUACCAAGUAUCUUAUUCUUUAAAUGCCAUUAAAAUGACUGUAAAUAUAAAAAGUGAAGGGAUUGUUUAACAGAAAUAAACUGGAGCAGUUGAACAUUAACUUAUUUUUCAUAGGAAAUACAAAACUUUCUUCCCAACCUUAAGAAUUAGACACAGUCUCGUCCACCAAUGGAUUUUUUUUGCAGUCCUUGAGUAGGCAGCUCAAUCUGCAGAAUGCUGUUUCCUAUAAACAAGCGGACUGGCUCUGCAUAUAAAUGCAUGUUGACAUUCAAGGUCAUUUGGACUCUUCCAUUCAGAUUUCAGAAAAGGUAUUGCAAUUCUCAGAAAGGAAUUGCAGUUUUCCAGGCUUUAUAUGUUACAAGUGACUGAAUAUACUGACCUUUCUGAAGCAACUUCUGGAAAAUACACAAGGAGCUUCAUCCAUCAGCAGUGGUCUUUAUUCAAGGUUUGCAACAAAGCUCAAUACUUUUUUUAAUCUCUAAAGGCAUUUUUAAAAAUAAAUUUAUGAAUGAUGAUUUAAUGUAAUAAAUCAUUUGUGAUACUUGUUUUUGGGGAGGGUGACUGAAGAGGCAUGGA